AACAGUUGCAGAAAAUGCAGGAUAUGAUCUGUAUUGCAGCUUAGGUAAACAAAUCUCUUUGCACCUUGGAUGUUAUAAAGAUACUACCGAGAGAGAUUUGCCUCAUUUUGCAGGAUCAAUUUCUACGUUGACUCCACAAAUAUGUAUCGAAACAUGCCGAGACCUUAACGAAGGCUACCGAUAUGCUGGAGUCCAGAAUGGAGGCCAAUGUUUCUGUGGUACAAGUUAUGGAAAAAAUGGGAGUUCUUCAGGAUGUAAUAGCCAAUGUCAAGGUGACAGCACACAGAUAUGCGGAGGUGUUUGGGCAAACGACAUAUAUGUCAUCUAAAAUAAUCGACAAUCAUGAACAAAGAACAGGAUAUACCAAUACACGCCAAGGUGACAGAACACGGAAAUACAGAUGCUUAUGGGCAAAUAACAUAUGUCAUCUUAAUAACAGUCGAUCUUAGAUUAAGGACAUUGGUACUAAAUUAUGACUUCAAAUAAUCUUUGGACUUCAAUUUCUUCGUAUAU